AUGGGAAAACAACAGAGCAAAGAAGUCAAAGAGGAAAUAACAAUAGCGCAAAAUGGUGCCGGCAAUGAAGCAUAUGCAACUACAAAACACACGGAAACGAUAUUUAGAAUUGAGCUGUAUUUAGUUUUCAUAACUUUAUGUAUCCUGGGAAUUAUAGGAUAUUUUAUUUGGAAAAAUUGCAAAACUAACUAUGGGAGAUACAUGCUCAGAGAGUUGCAAGAUUUAGCAAUUACACCUUAUCGCAUUAGCGACCAGGGCCCAAACAGCCCGGUUACUCAGCAAGCGAUUGUG